AUGGCUAGCAGUUUGAAGACAGAGAAAGUCUCCAUUGGCGAAAAACCAGAAGAGCAACAGACUAGCGCUUUCCGCAGCUACUUGUUCAUUGCUGUCCUCAGUGCACUUGGUUCCGGUGUUGGCAUGGCUCUUGUUAAUCUCGUUUUUGGCGAAUUCAUCACACUCAUCAUCAAUUAUGUUUCAGGCGACAAGGAUCCUUCCUCUUUUCGAGAUGAUGCCGCCAGACUUAGUCUCUACUUCUUCAUCAUCGGCCUUGCGCGGUUCAUUUGCACCUAUUUGUACAGCACGCUUUUCACUUUUGCCGCUUAUCGAAUCACACGAAACAUCCGCUACUUAUAUGUGAAAGCAGGGCUCAGCCAGGAGAUUGCCUUCUUCGACUCGGGAAUGAGUGGUUCAAUUGCAAUGCAAGCUACUUCAAACGGGAAGCUCAUCCAAAAUGGAAUAUCUGAGAAGCUAGGCCUCGUGGUGCAAGGAUUCUCGGCUUUUAUAUCAGCUUUUGUGCUGGCAUUUGUCGCUCAAUGGAAACUGACUCUUAUCUGCUGCUGCAUUGCUCCCGCCACGCUUCUCGUGAUCGGCAUUGUUUCCACAUUUGAGGCCGGGAUUGAAACAAAUAUCCUGAAGAUCUACGCACAAGCCGGAGCCUUUGCAGAAAGUAUCUUGUCCAGUUCUCGGACAGUCCACGCCUUCAAUCUUCGAUCUCAACUAGUCGGAGAUUUUGACAAAUUCCUACAAGCUACACGCCAACUUGGGAAUAAGAAAAGCCCUCUUUUUGGCUUUAUGUUCUCGACUGAAUACUGCAUUAUAUAUGCAGGAUUUGGAUUGUGUUUCUGGCAAGGCAUUAAAAUGAUAGCCUCUGGAGAAGUUGAGAACUCCGGUGACGUUUUCAUUGUACUCAUGUCUGUUAUUGUGGCGGCUUCGAGCCUGACUGCGAUAGCGCCUUACUUGAUUGAAUUUACCCGCGCCGCCAGUGCGGCUUCAGAGCUGUUCCAGCUCAUCGACCGAACUUCCCUCAUCAAUCCAUUCGAUGAAUCAGGGAAGACACUCCCUCACAUGAUAGGUAACAUUGAAUUUGAACAUCUAUCAUUCGCCUAUCCUGCCCGUCCAGAUAUCAAAGUGCUAGACAAUUUUUCGCUGCGUAUUCCGACUGGCAAAGUAACUGCACUUGUCGGUGCUAGCGGGUCCGGCAAGAGUACCAUCAUCGGACUCAUUGAGCGGUGGUAUAAUCCUUUAUCAGGGACGAUCAAGCUCGACAGCCAGCCUAUUGAACAGCUCAAUCUUAAAUGGCUUCGCCAACAAGUUCGACUUGUCCAACAGGAGCCUGUCCUAUUCGCUGGCACUGUGGCUGAGAAUAUCGCGAAUGGUCUUGUUGGUACGCCUUGGGAGAAUGAAUCUGACGCAGAUAAGCUAGCCCGGGUGCAGGAAGCUGCUCGAGUUGCGUUUGCUCACGACUUUAUUACCAAUCUACCAAAUGGAUAUCAUACCGUUAUUGGGGAGAGAGGUGGACUGCUAUCUGGGGGCCAAAAGCAGCGGGUCGCAAUCGCCCGCAGCGUUGUCUCUCAACCCCGGAUUCUUCUUCUCGAUGAAGCAACUAGCGCUCUUGACCCCCACGCCGAGGAAGUUGUCCAGCGGGCAUUGAACAAUGUUUCGCAAGGCCGCACCACAAUCACUAUUGCGCACAAAUUGGCCACUAUCCGAGAUGCUGAUAACAUUGUCGUCAUAGAGAAAGGCCGGAUUCUAGAGCAAGGCACGCAUAGCUCAUUGUUGAAGUUGAAUGGCGCCUAUGGAAGACUUGUACGGGCUCAGGAUUUGACGGUGAAUGAGGAAAAGUUGGCCGAUUCAGAGGAAGUUGAGGAAGAGACCAUGGACGAUAAGGAAUUGGAGCCGACUCACCAAUCAAGUCUAUACUCGUCGAAGACCACGGACUACGUGAAGCAGGUUGACUUGGAUGAUUUCGACAACUGGAAAAGUGUGGGACUUCUUCAUACAAUCUGUCGACUGGUCAAAUCCUCCCCAGAGCUCAAGUGGAGCUAUCUGACCCUUGUUUUUGGAUGUUUGGCAGCAGCUGCUUCAUUUCCUGGUCAAGCUAUUCUCAUGUCAAGGUUUAUCGAGGUGUUCAAUCACACUAGGGAAGAUAUGGUGAAGAAAGGCAAUUUCUUUGCCUUAAUGUUCCUGGUUUUGGGACUUGGUUCCCUAGUUGUUUAUUUCCUAGUUGGUUGGUCAUCGAACAAUGUGGCACAGGCGAUGAAUCACAAAUACCGGAAGCAACUGGUCAGCGACAUACUAAAGCAAGACUUGAAGUUCUUUGACCGUCCUGAAAAUACUACGGGCGCCUUGAUCAGCCGAGUUGAUUCUUAUCCGCAAGCUAUUUUUGAGCUGAUGGGCUUUAAUAUUGCUCUUAUACUGAUUGCAGUGGUAAGCGUAUUAGCCUGCUCUGUUUUAGCCGUGAUCUAUGCAUGGAAGCUUGGCCUUGUUAUUGUUUUAGCAGGGCUGCCACCAAUGCUAGCCUCUGGAUAUGCUCGCAUUAGAGUGGAAUCUGCCAUGGAUCACAAGAUCUCGAAAAGAUUUUCCUCUAGUGCGUCAAUUGCCUCUGAGGCUGUAACUGCUAUCCGAACGGUUUCCUCACUAGCGAUCGAGACGUCAGUCUUGGAUCGUUAUACCAAAGAGCUGGACUACGCGAUCACAGGAUCUACGAAACCACUUCUUCUUAUCAUGCUUCCAUUUGCAUUCACCCAGAGUGUUGAAUACUCUUUCCUAGCUCUUGGCUUCUGGUAUGGCUGUCGGCUCGUCUCAUUCGGCGAAUUGAGUAUGCUCAACUUCUUUAUCACUUUCCUCGGUGUGUUUUUCUCUGGCCAGCAAGCUUCGAUACUAUUUGGCUUUGCAAGCAGCAUGACCAAAGCGACAAGCGCAGCCAAUUACAUAUUUUGGCUUGAACAACUCCAGCCGACUAUUCGAGAAACUGCCGAGAAUCGUGAGCUUGGUCCGGGAGACUUCAAAACUCUCAGUCUAGAGAAGUUACAAUUUUCUUAUCCACUGAGACAGCAUAUCCCCGUGCUUCGUGGAGUUAACCUUGAGAUCAAAAAAGGGCAAUUCGUCGCUUUUGUGGGCGCAUCUGGUUGCGGCAAGAGUACUAUGAUUAGUAUGCUCGAGCGGUUUUAUGACCCGGUAGCCGGAGAAAUAAAGAUUGGGUCCACAGCGCUUGACUCCUUGAACCCGUGGCUGUAUCGAAAUGAGGUGGCGCUUGUACAGCAGGAGCCCACACUCUACCCCGGCACUAUUCGCGAGAAUAUUUCGAUGGGAGCACCGACCAAAGAAAAUUCAGAAAUCUCUACCGAAGACAUCGAGGCUGCCUGUCAAGCAGCAAACGCAUUGGAAUUUAUCUCUUCUUUACCUGAUGGACUCAACACUCGCUGCGGAACCAAUGGCACGCAGCUCUCUGGUGGACAACGCCAGCGUAUUGCCAUUUCUAGGGCGCUCCUCCGCAAACCACGCAUUUUGCUUUUAGAUGAAGCGACAAGCGCGUUGGAUACGCAAUCAGAGAGGAUUGUGCAAGACGCGCUAAACCAAGCGGCUUCGGUUGGUGAUAGAAUCACAAUUGCAGUUGCUCAUCGAUUGUCUACUAUUCGACAUGCGGAUGUUAUUUGCGUGUUCGAUGGUGGUAGAAUUACGGAAUGUGGAACCCACGAGCAACUGCUGAAGAGUGGCAAGCUUUAUCCGAAAAUGUGUGAAGCUCAAAACCUGGGCAAUUGA